GAGAUUGCUAGGGGCUCGGAGAAGCGUCGGGAAAAUCGCGGCAUGAACUGGUUUCUGCAAGCGGUCCAUACCGAAUUGUAUAUAUACCGGCAGUGACUCAUUUCAACCUGUUGCGACUCUUCCUCAUACGCACGUCACUGUUACACUAACAUUUAUUCACAUUUACACUAUGGUUAAGGAAACAAAGUUGUACGAGUUAUUGGGGGUUACCCCAGGUGCUUCCGACGCGGACAUCAAAAAGGGUUACCGUAAGGCCGCCUUGAAGUACCAUCCAGAUAAGCCUACCGGUGACACCGAAAAAUUCAAGGAAGUCUCCGAGGCGUUUGAAAUCCUUUCGAACGAGGAAAAGAAAGAGGUCUACGACCAGUACGGGUUGGAGGCUGCUAGAGGCAACGCCCCAGCGGGUGGUGCCGGUGGUAAUCCGUUCGGCGGUGCCGGCGGCGCCGGCGGUUUUAGUGGUUUUAGUGGCCACGGCCAGGGUGGCUUCUCCUCCCAGGAUGCCUUCAACAUUUUCAGCCAGUUCGGCGGCAUGGGCGGCGGCAUGGGUGGUGGCGACGACCCAUUUGGCGGUAUGGGCGGUGGCUUUGGCGGUGGAUAUGGUGGCCAGCCGCGUCGCCGCGAGCCUGAAAUCCACACCAUCAACCUUCCGGUUUCCUUGGAAGACUUGUUUGCCGGUACCACAAAGAAGUUGAAGAUCAACAGGAAGGGUCCGUCUGGUGCGCCGGAGGCCAAGGUAAUCAGCGUCACCGUCAGGCCGGGCUGGAAGGCCGGCACCAAGUUGUCAUAUGCUGGCGAGGGUGACUACCAGUCUGACGGCCAGCGUCAAACAAUUCAGUUUGUGAUCCAGGAGAAGGACCACCCAGUGUUUAAAAGAGACGGUAAUGACUUGAAGGUCAGUGUACCUGUUUCCUUCAAGGAAUCCUUGCUCGGAUUCUCCAAGGAGAUCACCACUAUCGAUGGCCGCCGUAUCCCGGUGCUGAGAACCCAGCCGUUACAACCAAACACUGCAGAAACCUACCCAGGCUUGGGGAUGCCAAUUUCCAAAACCCCUACCCAGAGAGGCAACUUGAUCAUCAGCUACAAGAUCGACUUCCCGGUCUCCUUGACCCAGGACCAGAAGGCUGCCAUCAGUCAAUGCUUCUAAACUAGCACAACCCAACC